AGGACCCAGGAAAGAGAGAAGGAAAACGUUAAAAACUGUUCUCCGGGGGUGAAAUUCCUUGUUUCGAAUAGCUCCAGACACAAAGGACUAGGAAAUGGGGCCUUUUCUGCAUUACAAAGUCCUACCUGCAGGCGAGCAGUUUACAGGUGAAGAGGCACUCUCUGGUGGUGUCUUUAAAAGCAUUUUCUCCUGAUGCUGCUGUGGUUUCUCCUAGAAUCUCUCCUGAAGACAAACACCAAAGGAGGAAGUGAGGAAGAAAUGGCCCAUUCUCAGGGACAGCUCACAUUCAGGGAUGUGGCCAUCGAAUUAUCCGAGGAGGAGUGGGGAUGCCUGACCCACACUCAGUGGCAACUGUACAAGGAUGUGAUGUUGGAGAACUAUGGACACCUGCUCUUCUUGGGUCUCGUUGUGUCAAAGCCUGAUUUGGUCUCCUUUUUGGAGCAAAAGAAGGACCCUUGGGAUGUGAAGAGAAAGAAGACAGUGGUCUUUGAUCCGGGUAGGUGGGAAUGGAUGAAGCAGAUGUCAGAGGUGAAGUCCAAGUCUGAAGGAGGAAGGAUUCUGCUUCAGCUCCAGUGAUGGUCCAUCAUGUCCACAGAGAGGACCAGGAGACUCUCCUUGGACUGGGAGGGUCUCCAUAAUCUGAGAGCUCUUCCAUUGCUUUGAGGGUGUUGGGAAAGUCUCCCUAUUUCUGAGAGUCUCUAUGCUAAGUCUUUUCUAAUUCCCGUUUUGCUUCGUGUGAGAAACUGUGCCCGCAUUGUGGUGGGCAUACUGGGAAUUGUUGCGGAAAUCCCCAGAACACUGGAGAUGACACCACCUGGUUUCUGGUUUAUACUUUCCAAUGUUAUGGAGGCUUUAAUCUUAAAUAUAUAAAAUGAAGACUCAGUCAGUUCAUCAGGAAACAAAGCAUUUCCCUAAAAUGAGAAAAUGUAAUUCUUUAUUUCACUCCACUUCAUUCACUUUUCUUUUACAAAGGAGAACUUUCCCUUCCAUGUGUUCCAUUCCUCAGUGGUGAACUAAUGUAAUAUGUCUAUUUGUUUGCUAGAUUUCCUACAUAAAUUAAUAUUAUAGGGGAUUAAAACUUUUAGAACCCACUGCCUACAGUAAAGUCUCGAUUCUUAGCUUAUUAGUGCCUCAUUUUAUAAUUUGUUCCAUAAUAUGAGGUUCCUGUGACUUUGUCAUAUGUCUUCACGUUCUUAUUAGUUGUCUAUGAGACUCAUCUCUACUUAUUAGAUCAAAAGUCCUGAUAUGACAUGGGCAUGUGGUUUAUAAGAAGUGAUGUAGAUAGUAAAUUUCCCACAUUGAAAAAAAUGUUCUGUUCAUAAAUGGAAUUUUACUUCAGGGAAAAUUAAUCAUAAGCCUUUUUUUUAACUAUUUUACUCAGAAUGGAUCUGGAUUUAAUCCCUAGCACUUUUAUAAAAUUAUUGUCAGCAUAUUUUACAACUUUGGUGGUGUUUGCUUACUUAGAAAUGGACGUUAUUUGCUUUUCUGCUCCAUCGUAAGGAAUGGAUUAUACCAUUGAAUUCUGUGUAAGAAGAGGUGUAUAUCAGUAACAGUUUACUUUUUUUAAUGUCACUUAAGUGCUUAUU